CCACUCAGCAAUUGCAGGAAGUGCAUGACACUGUGGAAGGCAUUAAAACGAGGGAAGGUGACGUCAUUCAUGCCGUUCAGAAACAGUUCACUUAUCUUAAAUCAGUAGAUGAAACAGUUUCCCAGAAUGCAGUUGGACUAGCAGCAGUGGCCCGCAUUCUUAAAAAUGUUGUUAGUAACGCCUUGAAAAUUCAGAAAACCUGGAACGAUACCACUAGAAAUUUAGAAAAUUUGAUAAGUUACAGAGCAAAUAUUUCACGCGUUAUGCGCGAAUUGGACUUUAUGGCUGUACAAUUGCAACAAUCCGUGAUGCGCUUACAGGAAGGGUUAGAAACUAGCGCUACGGGAAGGUUAUCUUCAGUUUUAAUUCCCCCACAUAACUUAUCAAUGAUUUUGCAGCAAGUAAUUUUGAAGUUACCACAGGAUGUUUCAUUGAUUGCUGGAUUCACUAUUGACAAUAUGUAUAUUUACUAUGAAGUUGCAAAAGUGCAGGCUUAUGCCACGACGACAGCCAUUCGACUCGUGGUGCGAAUUCCUUUACGAGGUGCAGAUCGAGUCAUGACCCUUUUCAGGAGUGUACCCCUACCAGCUUAUUCCGAGGUAUUAAAGAGACAUGUUCAGAUAGAACCAGAAACAUUGUACCUGGCAGUGACCGAGAAUGGGCAAUACUACUCACUUUUAACGACGGCAGACUUACAGCGAUGCAAACUUGGCAUAUUUGCCAUUUGUGAAGCCACCUUUCCAUUCAUACAUAAGACUCGAGCAUCUUGCUCUUCAGCUUUGUAUUUCGGUCAGGCAGAACUCGCCCAUGACCUUUGUCGAAAGCAUAUUCUUAAUGAAAACUUUAAUCCUGCAUGGCUUCAAGCUAAGGGGCCUCACCCCUUUUGGAUAUAUAGUCUGCCCUCGCCAACAGUUGUCACCAAGAAAUGUAAAGUAAAUGGAACUACUCAGAGUUCUAAUUUGGAACUGUCCCAUACUGGCACGUUAACGGAAGAUACACACUGUCAAUUUUACUCGGAAGCUUUUGUUUUGUUACCGGUAUCGGAUGGAUACACCAACGUGACGAUCACCGGAAGCCAGAUAUUCCUACCCCACCUGCCCGAGCUGAUAUCGCCCAGGGAGCGCGACCAGCUGAUGCACGAUGAGACACAAACACAUCGAGCCCUGGCAGCAUUGGAAACCAUCGCCAGGCGGAGCUCACCUAACCAGCAGCAGUCAUACGUGGAACUACGAGAACUAUUGGCAACCAUGGCCAGUAAUACAACGACUACCAGUCAGACCACCUGGGUAUAUGUACUAGUAACCAUCAGCAUUAUACUAUCCCUUAUUAUCCUCACCUCCAGACUUUGGCAACGACCAAUCAUCACGCUGAUCCAAAAGAUUUUCCCACGCCGAACUGAGCCAAAAUCCAACGACAUAGAAAUGAAACCUAUGUCCACACCCACGGUCCAGCCAAGGACAGGGGAACGUGUACAUUUCGCUCAACCCGGCAAGUUCCAGCUCCGGAAAUGAUGGAGGGAGAGCUCAUCGCCGGAAGCAACAGCGAUAAGCUACCAGCAGAACAGUGUGUGCCAACGACAAUGCAACCAAGAGUACAGUUAGGUUCAUGAAUUCUAAAGCGUAAUUACAAUUAACACAACAAAAGUGUGAAGGACCACAAACCAUGUAAAGUUAACAACAUGUGUAACACAGUUGAUUAGACUCAACAAAGAGAAAAGAAAGACAAUGUGAGAAAGACACAUAAGUGCUACAGAAUGUAUUAUUUUGUUUACAAAUUGUUUUCCAUUUCAGGUGUGCCCACUGAAGCAUUUCUGUAAUGAUGCACUGUAAUGAUUUAAUUAUUGUAUCAUGUAUUUUUAACUUGAUAUAUUUUCAUUUGACAAUAACUGUAUACUGUAAGAGUAAGAGAGAGAAAACAUUUUAUGGAUACUUAGGAAAAAAAAGGUAUAUACAUACUAUAGGACUAAGAUAACCCUAAGGUGGAAGCCCAACUUUGGUGAAGUUAUGACUUCCAUUUGAGGGGAGGGCAAUGUUGUGCCCCGGCACUAGAUGCCAGAUAUAUUUUGUAUUAUCAUUAAUUUUAGUUCAUUUGUAAUAAAAAGGGAAAGAACAGUCACAGGAUGAUGAACCGGAAGUUGAAUGAGAUCAGACUCACGAGUGUGCGGUAUCCGGUAGGCAGCCAUUUUAUGAUGCAUCGGUUAGAGAAUUACGCACGUACACCAGUGACCAUAUAUGGGCAAGUGUUGAAACGGCAAGAGACGAACGCCAAUGGGAAAAGACUAUUCUAGGGCGUUUCCACGCGUGGGUAGUACUCGCGCGUCGCAUAGAGACUUAUAAAAGCCCCAGACGCGAGUGCAGAAGGAGGCUAGGCUAGGGCUUUUGGGCGUAGUUGUUGCUACCGAACUCUGUGACAGUGCCGACCAUGAAGGGACCAGCCAGAGCCGCCAUUCUGUGUCUACUAUGCUGUUCAAGUGAGUACUUGCCUCUUGUCGGGACACUGUCAGUGAUAAACUAGAACACUCAGAACUGUGAACAGAGGGACUGAAUGAGUAGGACUCCAUUAAGGAGGAGGCGAUAGGCCAAGGAAUGAAUAUCCUGUACUGUGAGUUGUAGUCAGAUUUAUUUUCAUGUAUUAGUUAGCUCUUAAACAGAGAGAGAGAGUGAAGUAAUAUAUCCUCAAUGUAUUUUGUA